AUUAUCGCCCGAAAACACAUCCCAUCAUCCACUCAUUUCGUUUUCACCGUUUGAGAGGUCAUCAAUCCAACUACAACAUUUAUACAGCAGCGUCGGCCUAAUAUGUCUCCUCUAGAAGCAUACCACUCGUUCUUGCUCUCCAACCUUUCCGCUGUCCAGACUAUCGAAUCCUCCAUCUCGAAUAUCACCUGGCUCUUGCCUGGACGCUUCGAAGAUGCCGAGGUGGCAUCUGAAGGAUUAUAUGCCCUUCUGUCUCUUGUGGCUGGAUACCACGAUAAAAUACUCUCGUCUCAUCUCUCAUCAUCUCUUUCGCUUCCUCCCCACCCAUUUGCGAAGCCCCGAACGCCAACAGAGCCUUUAUCAGCGUCGCAAGAGUCAGUUACCACAAGAAUACAUCCGCUAUUACCUCCACCAUCUGAUCAUGCUCGUUAUACCCGCUACUGGACUGAGAGUUCAUCGCUCUAUGAGAAAGCUAGUCGAGCGCUGAGUACAAUAUCGUAUCUAGAGUUGCUUGUUGAGAUGGUCGCAAGAAAGAAGUUGGGUGACAGAAGGAGAUGGAAAGUGGUCCUUGGAUUGGAAUCGCUAAAAACUUUCCUCCGCCUAUUAUUAAUGCUCAAGACUCGGCGACCGGUUCUUUCUCAACCCACUCCUCAACGUGAAUUCGAUCUGGCUUCCGUUCCAUCGGAGGUCUUGGAUCCGUCAUCAUCUCAACCGCAGGACGGAAAUAACCCGGUCACUCCUCAAUUGCCAGCUUACUCUCCUCUUCGAUCUCAUCUCUUCCCCAUGGCGGGUAACUUGCCUGAGAAGUAUCUGGAGCAUCCGCUCGAUCUAAUCCCACAGCUGAAGGGAAGCGAGUAUAUUGCAGAAGCUGUGGCCUGCUGCGUGGGACUGGCUCGUAUUUACCUUUUGAUAAGAACAUCUCGUCAAGAAGUCACACGCCCAUAUAACCCGUCUUCCCUUCCCACGCUUUCUCGUUCUAUGUCACCCUACCUUAUUCCUCUGGCGCUUCUCCUCUUGUCACGCCGACUGCGAUCCAAGAGCGAAUCACCUUUACUUAUGUCACAUUAUGCCCAACAGGACAAAAAGCUUGCUUUGCAGGCAUUCAUGACGGGUCCUAUGUGGAUUGGUUGGACGAGACCCAAGAUUGUCAGUGUUGCGAGAGCUCUGGAAAGGCUACCUAUUUUGGGAUUGGUGGGCGACUUGGUGGAGGGGUAUUUGCCCUUGGUGGAUGACUAUUUCUUCUAUACCACUUCGUGAGAAUGGUACGGGUAGUAUAUCUGGUAGUCGUUGUAUCCUGCAUGUUGAUGAUAUAUGAAAUCAUUCAAAGUCCAUCUGCCAGCCCCAAAUUCAAUAAUCUGACCAAUUCCAACUCAAGACAGGAAUCAUGUGCC